UUGGAAUCAGUGUUCUUGAGUGUGGACCCAUAUAUGAGGAUAUAUAGUAGUCAAAAAAUGAAGGAAGGGGACAUUACGAUAGGAGCCCAGGUUGCCAGGCUAUAUGGAAGAGAAAUGAUGAAGGAAGGGGAUGUUAUGAUAGGAACCCAGCUUGCCAGGGUAACAGAGAGUAAACAUCCUGGGUUUCCAGUGGGAGGAUACUAUGUUGCACAGGCUGGAUGGACAACGCACUUUAUAUCUGAUGGCAAAGAACUACAUGCAUUACCCUCUUGCUGGCCUGAAUCUCUGCCUAAUCACUGGCACUUGGAGCCAUAGGCAUGCCUGGUCUAACCGCAUACUUU